CCGGAUCCUCACAAUCUGUUUUUCCCUGAGUUUGACCUGACAGGCAGCAGCUAUCACAGAAGGUGAGCCCCUCUCACUCAGUGUCAGGACCGGGUUCAGGUCACAGGGGGGUUCUGUUAAAGCUUGGGUCGUAGAUGAAGCUGUGGCCACUUUAAUGUCACUUUAACGGACGACAGAGCGCCACCUGGCAGCCAAACAGAAGCGGUUCCGACCCGUGUGUGCUUUGUUUACUGAGGUUGACAGGCAGCUCGGUCGCUCUGUGUCAGGCCUCGGUGUCUGCGUUAGCGCCGCUGAUCUCAGGACAGCCGUGGGAAGUAAGUAGAUCAGUGGCCCAGUAAUGCUUUGAGGCGACGAUGGAGACCACAGACCAUGCCACUGAGGGCGACCCUCUGAAGAGAGGAGAGGAAGAGACGGGACCAGCGCCAUCAGCAACAGAGCUGAAGAAGAAGAGUUGUAAGGAAGUGCUGGGUUUUGCCAAACUGACCCACUGGCGAACUGCGGUCUUCUUCUUCUCCCUGUUCCUCUGCCUCACCAUCGUGUUUGCCUUCUCCUUCAUCAUCCCCUGUCCUGUCAGACCGCAGUAUCUGGUUUCCUGGAACAGGACCUUCUCUGAAGCAGAAACUUUUGAUUUCUUAGCGGUUGAAGCUGCGAGUAGCGACAAGGUGCUGGACGUCCUGUUUGUGCUCAAAACCAGAGAAUGCAGUGUGAACAACACCUGUGCUAAUGCAGGUCUGCCUUCGCCAUGUGUGUUUGUGUUGGCGGUGGAUGGGACAGAUGGAGAGACCCUGUGGGAGCGUCCACUGCAUCCUGAGUUCCACUGGGCCCAGUGUGGUCUGGAGAAACCAACAGGCAGAACCUGGGACUGCCUGCUCUCCCACUCCGACCAGAUCACCGCUGUGGACAAACACUCUGGGGAAAUAAAGUGGCAGCAGCCUCAGCCCUCUGGUCUCCACAGCACUGUGCCUGUUCUCAGCGUCCCCGAUCUGGAUGGGGACAAGGUCAAUGACGUGGCUCUGGUGGCAUCUGACAGCACACAGACUCAGCUGGUGUUCCUCUCAGGGAAGACGGGUGUCCAGAUUGGUUCCACUGUGUCUCUUGAAUCCACAGGGACACACAAACAUCUUCUCCAUCGCACUGCAGAGGAUUCUCUCUAUGUGCUGCUCCAAACAGACACUGGCUUGUAUGGACUGGCACUGUGGAGGAUUGCUGCCAAGGCUAAAGCAGGGAUGGAGGUCAGCUUAAAGAAGGAUAAACACUGGGAGAAAAAAGCUAGCGGUGCAACCGGCCUUGUACCUAUCUACGAGUCUGACUCAGUGAAUCAAGUGGUCAGAAGAGAAGAAAGAGAUGAUCCAGCAAACCUGCUGCUUGUGACCAGCACAGAGGUGGCGUUGGUAGACGGAAAAAAUCUGCAGCUUCUGUGGAUAUUCAAUACCAGCUCAGUCCUCAGCGAGCCCUCCUUUGGCCACUUUAACAAAGACGAAGUACUUGAUGUUGUAGUUGAGGAGGAUGUUGGCAACUACACAAAGAGGAUAGUAAUCCUUGACGGGAAGUCCGGUGGUGUGCUGUGGGAAGUCAGUCUUUUGUCUGGUCCGAACGCACCGAGGCCCGCCUCAAUACACACCACCACUUCUGUUUCAAUCUUUAUGUUUUGGGGCACGAUGCCCACAGAGACCAACUCUUCUAUCCCUUUAACUAGUGAGCGACGCUCUUACAUGCUGCACCCUCUCUAUUCUCAAGUUCUCCUUGAGUCCGCCAAUGUCCUGGACCACAUCAUAACAUUUAAAGCCACUCUGUUGGAGCGUGGGCGCCACGCUGCCUACUUCCUGCUGACAGGUCCUGGGACUGAGGGGGAUGAAGACAUUGUGGUCCUCAGCAAGCGAAAGCUGAAGCAGGAUGUCCCGCACAGCAAAGUGCUACGUAUUGGCACCGGGGGAGGUUCGGAGAGCAACGAUGACAUUAUAGAGGCGUUCAAACGACUCCGCUUCAGUGACGAGUGAAGGGACCAACUGGGACGCGUACAGAGAUUCCUCAGUGUUUGAACCAGUGGGUCACAGGUGACUGUACGAUGACUUAACUGGGCUUUAUAAACCAAAGUGUGUGCACUAGUUACAUUUACUUUCCUACUGCUGAAAAGAUUCCUUCAAACUGAGCUUUACCUUCAGACUUGACUGUAAACAUACAAUCAUUAGUUUGAUUUUAUGUCCAAAGAGCUACUUGUCCUCUGACUCCUUCACUGUGCACAGACGCUGUUUUCCUGCUGAUGAAUCAAGAGGGGACAGGCCUGGUAUCGUUUCUAACAUGGGUUAUUGUUUGGUUCUAUGCAACUGAAUGUGGCACUGUGCUUUAAAGGAAGCAGACGCACUCUGCCACAGGAGGCAUUCUCAAAUCGCUACAACCUUUAUAUGCCACAAUCAUAGGGCUACUUUUCUUUAGUUGAACUGAAUGAUUUAACUGCUCGGUGAAACAGAUAGUUGUGCGGAAAAACUUGAAAUCAGACAGAAACACCAUGAACCUUAAAGUACUGCCAUUACAUUUUUUAUUAUAUUCUAUUUGCUGGCUUUUAGUCAUUGAUACUGUUGCCAAUAACCAACACGUGUGUUAUUUACUUAAUCCAAGAUGCUGUAAGGGUGAAUCAAAGGAUCACCUACUGAGUCAUUGCUGUACGUAAGAAGCGGUUUCUUUUCUUUGUGAUUUAUAUGAGUUAAAGAGUUUCUGGUUUAUGCUUUACAUUAAUAUAUUGACCUGUUGGGCAGGUCUGUGUUGAAGCUGGCUGUUCUUUCUGACUUGACAAGCUUGAAUCUGAGCAAUAUUAAAGAGUUUUAAAAUAA